AGAUGUGUUCACGGCCACGAUGGGCGAUGAUUCUUUGAUAUUACGAGAAGAUGGUUAUAUACGUAUGAACUUUCCUGUUACUUCUUUAACGUAUCAUAGUAAUUUAAAUAUAAUAUUAGUGAAGACUGACGUAGGUGGUGUACACGUUUUGGAUGUGAACUCUGGUGUGAUACUCCAGUCGUCUUGUCUCUCUGCGGAUGACGGCGGUACACUUGGCGUGGAAUACGCGCCGGCUGCGGAUCGAGUAUUCGUGUGGGACAGCAGUGGAGUCAGUUCUCGAUCUGACUACAAUGGAGUGCUGCUCCUACACACGGCGCUUCAGCGGCCGCUGCCUUCCUCGCAGCUCGACAAGAUAAUUAGAAUAGAACUGGUCUUAUCUGAGGCGGUACUGCUCUAUCAGUGCUUGCAGAGUCUAGAUGCUCACUCCAUCGAGGGCCUGUCAGAUUUUGUCAAUGAGCUCAAGAAUUCAAUCGACGCGGAGCCGGUGCGGAAGGGGGUAAAGGCACAGAAGUGGAGCACGGUGACAAUUUGCCUGCCACAGUCCACAAUCCGACUGGUCACAAUCGGAGUAGUCCAAGAAUUGAAAGGUCAAAAUCGACGGAUACCGGCGUUGUCUAUCGCAUCGGCGGUGGGACAACGUGCCAACGAUCUGGUGUCCUGCUCUCGAGAUGAGGAGACUCGGCCGCUGAUGUACUCGGAGGCGGAACGGAAGGAGACCUUCAAAAGAUGGCCACACAUGGACUAUAAAUGGGCGUUACCAGCUCGCAUGGCACAGGCGGGUUUCUACCACCAGCCGUCGCCGUCGGGCGAUGACCGCGCCAUGUGCUUCACUUGCUUAGUCUGCCUGGUGUGCUGGGAGAAAUCGGAUGAACCUUGGGUGGAGCAUGAACGACACUCGCCUAACUGUCCCUUCGUAAGGGGGGAAUAUACGCACAACGUACCUAUGUCGGUCACAAAUGCGACAGCUUGCGCGGUGCCGUGUCCAAACGUCUCAGUGGUAUCGAAGGGUAACACUGGUGAUCUUAUUGCUACGGGCACAACAGAAGGCAAGAUCAAUAUAUGGAAAUUCGACAGUGGACUCAAACUUGUCAAGUUCAUCCAUCUAUCGCCGUACGAUUCCAUCUUCAGUGGUGUAUUAUUAGCAGACUGCAAUAAAGUGUGGUCUGCCAGUUUGGAGAAGGAUAGUUCUACAUAUGGCAUCGAACUUACAGCAAUGGCAUUCAUCGGUAUGACUAACAAACAGGAAGCUUACCCACAGGCAAACACUGACAGCACAGACAGAGAAACAAGCACUAGUAAAGCAAAACCAUCCCUCAUAUGUGCCGUCACAAUCACCAGGACCAAUUCCACACCUACAGACCAGCCCAUCAAAGAAGACUCGAGCAAAGCUCUCUUCGAUUCUGGUUUGGAUAAGUCCAAAGAAACUGUCCAAGCAAUGAAUGACCAGAAUGAAGCCAAGAGCAACUUUACAUCAACAAAUAAAAUGCUGUUCCUCCUUACGUACGAUAUACACAACUCUUCAGCUGGUUCCAUAACUACUGUCAUUCAUACCUCAAAUAGUAGUGGCAAUUCUAAGCCUGGGGGCAGCAAGAAAGUGUGUACGGUGGCACGAACAGAUGAUGCGAAUAUAUAUGACGAAAUAUACUUCCAGUAUUCAGAUGACGACACAGAGCUUCCUCCGUGUACUGGCAGCCUCAUAGAUGAACAAAUAAGUAAUGUAAUAAAUUUGAAUGCCUCGUCUAGUAAAGAGGAUUGCAAAAUUUGGGAGCCCAAGAAGAUAAUCUUCACGAAACAUUUUAAAGUUUUGACACCACCUCCUCCCACAGUAUUACUACCUGAGCUACCGGAAUCAGGUCAAGGCAGUAUGUUGGAUUUUGUUGGCAAAAUUUCCCAAUUGAAGAGUUGGAAGAGUGCUAACUUGGAAUCUGUUGGUACUAAACUUGCUGACCAAACUGAUGCUGUACUGCAACAGGCUGAUCCUAUUACUCAUUAUCUCAACAUGAAUGGACCUCUAGAAAUAUCUGAUUUGAAGUGGUAUGAUGGUGGUGAAGGCACCGAAAAAGUCAAGGUAUUCGGUAAAGACUCGCCAUUCGGUGUUGGCAAGGUGGGCACUCAAACAGCAAUCAGUAACAGUAAUAACAAUGAUGGGUUUGAUAGUGACCCACCACAGGAAGAGGUAGUUUCUCAAGGUAUAGCAGUCCAAUGCCUAUUACUUCCAGUCAGAUUGAACCUAAGAGAAGAUUCCAAAGUUACGCAUUUAUUACCCACGGAAGAUAAGGAGCAUUUAUUGAUAGUGAUAUCUUGUGUUGAACCUGAAAAAGUUAAGGUUGAAGACGAAGUUGACGGUGACGGCGACGUAAAAAUGGAUGUCGACGAUGUUGUAGAUGCAAGCGAUAAGAUGGAUAAAUGUGAAGCAAAAGCAUAUUUCCUAUUAUACAAAAUUAAAAAAAGUACUUCCAUAUAUACCUUGGAUGAUUAUCCUGUCACAAUGAAAGAAUUGCCUUUUAAUGAGAGUCCUGUAGACCUUUGCCUCUUACCAAUAGAUAAACAUGAACAGUACUCCUUUGCUGCUGUCGGCGUUGACGGUAGUUUGCGGCUUUACUCGCUUCCAGAGUUUAAGAUUUUGUCAGAGAAACGAGUACCUAAAGGACAAUUUACAUCAGUAGUGUACUGCGCUUCAGUAGAACGUCUCAGCGUAUCUACAAAACACGGCAUGAUAUAUUUUUAUGCUUUAAAUAAUGCUAAGAAAGAUUCUGCGGGAGAUACCGAUGACGAUGAAUUCGCUAACAUAGAUUUUGAUAUGCUUCAAAAAGCUCCUCGGGAUGAGGUAUGUGGUCCAACCUCUGCACCCGUCAUCCUUGCCAAUAAGACUGAAUUAGACUUGGCUGAUCUUGAGGCUCUAAUAUCAUUGACAGGGUUUUAUGGUACAAACACAACAGUGCCUUAUAGCGCAGUGGUGCCCGGCUUCUGGUGCGAGUUGUCGCCAGCGCAGCGGUCACGCUCCGACCAUCAGAACAAUAGAACCUGGCGCCUGCAGAACACCUCUUCCACCUGGGACGAGCACGUGCUAGAACUGACGCUGCCUUAUAGUGUAUCUUUAGCUCACGUAGAAUUCGGAUUUACAUUGCAUACAACAUGUCCGGUCAAUUUGCCGACUAUUCAAGUAACAUUAUUGAAACAAAAUUUACAUGGAAUUGGCUAUAAAAAAGAUGCGUCAUUUGGUCAUAGAUCAGAAUCACCACAACAUUUUCCUGUCAUAGAUGCAGAAAUGCCGUCUUUAGAAAAUCCAGUUAAUAGUGAAGAAUAUUUGCGAGCGCAUAACGCCGAAAUACUGGCCGGCCCGUUACUAUUGUCAUCCGGCCUUGAUAUGAGUCAGCAGUCUGGAACUUUAAUAUUAACGAGCCCUAAAUUAUACAGAGCAAGAGGUAGGUCAUUCCUAGUUCACAUUAAAACAUUGUAUGAUCCUGCUAAAGAUAUGAACAAAACAUCGACUAAAUCGACCGAGAGUAAUUCAAAGAAGUCUACUUUCAUUGGAUGUGAUUGGCUUCAUCAGAUUUCAUUGACGGUGCGUUCGAGUCCACAUACUGAUGUGCCAAUGGAAAGACAGCAGCGGAUAGCGAUGUUGGAAUCAAAUAGCUUUUUAACUACACUAUUAGGCAUAGUUGUGAACAAGGGUGAUUCAGACAAGAAAAAGAUAGCUCUGGAUCUACUUAUUUGGGUGAUCUCCAUAAGGCUACAGCGGAUGCGAUUGGCGAAGACCGAGAAAGAAAAGGACAAUGAGACAUAUAAUUUUGUCGAAACGCAGCAGUUGGAAUGUGUGAGGAUCGUAGAAGAACACGUCGACGCACUCAUCAAGAAUUGCAUCCUGUGCGCUAACAGAAGUAUCGCCAAGAAGUGCGUCAAAAUAAUUCUUAUUACUAGCGAGGGCGUGAAGCACCUGCCGUGGAAGUCGACGUUCGACGAGACCGUGUCGAGCGGCGUGUGCGCGUGCAUCCCGUACGUGGGCGCGUGCUCGUCGGCGGGCGCGCUGCGGUGGCUGAUGGCGCUGGCGCAGGCCGGCGGCCCGCCCGCCGCCGCGCCCGCGCCCGCGCCCGCGCUGCUGCAGCGCUGCCUCGCGCUGCUGCACGCCACCGCCACCUGCCUCGCCGCGCGCGCCGACCCCUACCACCACCUGCUGCGCGCCAGAUUCGGCUUGUACGGUCUUCCGUUAGAGCAGACGAUUUUCGCUUCGGAAGUGCCAGAAUUGGGACGAGGUUCCUCAUCACCAGUCACAUACGCCAGCGUCCUCGCUGGGGACACGAGCGCACCACCGCCCCCUAAACCUGAUUACCAGCUCAAGGACUUGCUCAACUUACCUCCUGACAUGGACACGAAGUCGCCGGUGGCGGCGUGGUGGGCGCAGAACGACGGCGUGGGCGUGUUCGGCGCGGGGCUGAGCGAGGCGCAGCCGCUGCACGUGAGCUGCCACGUGGCCUCCGACGGCACCAAGCUCGAGUCCAGCGGCGCGCGCCUCCACGCCGCCGUCGUCAGCUCGCUGCCCCCCGGCCCGCCCGCGCACCCGCACCAGCUUUGGUCAGCCAUGAAAGAGGGAAAUAAGCAAACGUCUCAGGAUCCGGAUUCCUUAGAAGAUGUAGAAAGCUCCCCAAUGGAUUGUGACCCUCAAGAUAAAUUAGAGUUUUCUGAAGAUAAACUAUUUAAGGAACAGGAGCAGUGCGGCAUCGGGUGGGCGGCGCUGGUGACGCGUCCGCCGCAGCACACGCUGGUGGUGGAGCGCAUGCACUCGGGCGCGCGCCGCUACAUCGUGCUCGACUUCGGACACACCGUCCGCCUCACAGACCUGAUAAUUCCAUCUUGCUCGGACUUAGUUACACUGUGUAUUGACAUUUGGGUCACGAGUGAAGAGACUGAUUGCGUGAAGCUCGCUUUCGCCACGGAUAUAGCAACCAAGCACCUCGUACUUACCGACAUACAGCCGCCUCCGUUGUGUCGGUAUAUGAAGAUAACGACUAUAGGGCGGUACGGCAUGUCUGCGAUGAAGUGCAAGAUACCACUGGGCUGGUUUUACGGCGAGAUCGCCGACAUAACUAACGUGCAGGCCUCAGUUAAUGCUCUCAACGCUUUAUAUCAAGACCUGACAUGCAGAUUCCGCCUUGCAACUGGAAAAUUAAUGGAUCUUCUGAACCCGUAUUUGCAAAUGUACAAUGGAAAUGCAGCCCACAUGAUGGCUUACUUGAACUUAGCCAAUGACACAGAUCCCAAAGUGAUCACAGCAUACCAGGAGUGUAUAGAACUCCAACAGCAGAUGCACACAUGUAAUAAUAUACUCAGGAGGCUGCAGAAUACUUCGGAGUGUAAUGAUCAGUUGUUGGAUAUGAUUAACAAAGGGAAAGUAACAUCCGAAGCGUUAUUGGAGCGCGCUUCCACAGACAAGUUGCGGGUUAUAAGUGAGAAUGUUGUGGAUUUGCUGCUGUACUUCUUCUAUCAAGUGGGUGAUGUGGCGUGUCCGGAAGUGGGCGCGGAGUGGUGCGCGCGCGUGUCGUCGGCGGUGCGGUGGUGGGGCGCGCGCGCGGCGGCGGCGCUGGCCACGCUGCUGGCGCGGCUGUGCGGCGCGGCCGGCUGGUGGGGCGACCACCUCGCGGACACCCUCACCGACGCCUUCGCGGCCGCAGACGCGCCGCCACUCGCACUCGACAGAUGCCUGGUGCUGGUGAUGUACAUGUGCCGCAAGAGCCUGUACUCGCACCGGUCGCCGGAGAGCGGCGUGGCGGCGGCGCUGAGUGCGCGCGCGCUGUCGCUGCUGCGCGCGCCGCACCCGCAGCCCGCGCUCACCGCCGCCGUGCUCACCGCGCUCGCGGCCGUGCUCGACACCGUCGCCGCCAACAGGCACGCCAGAUGGGACUGGGUGACGGGGGGCCGCGCGGGCAGCGGCGGCGAGGCGGCGGCGACGUCGUCCCCGCGCACGGCCGAGUGCCAGCUGCACCACCGCAAGCUGCACAAGAAGCUGCUGCACCAGAUGCACGAGGUGGAGCCCAAGCGCGGCAAGCAGGCCGCACACGACGACCGCGGCGUGUACGUGGUGCCGACGCGCGCGGGCGCGGGCGGGGGCGGGGGCGGGCGCCGCGGGGCGCGGGGCGGGCGCGCGGGGGACGGACUCAGCGAGGCGCUGGCGCGCGUGCUGCCGCCGCCGCUGGCCGCCGCCCUCGCGGCCGCGCUCGUCUCGCACAUGCUCGCCGCAGACAGCUCCGCCGACGGCGACGUGCUGCUGCUCUGCGCCAAGGUGGUGGGUCGUCUGUGCGCGCUGUGCGGCGGCGCGGCGCUGCUGGAGCCGGCCAGCAUCCUGGGGCUGGCGCGGCUCGCCGUCAGCCUGCCGCCCUGGCCGCGACACGCGCUCACCACGUUACUACAGGACCUGGUAGAAUACGAGAGCUCUGAGAGCAACACGAGCCCGAGCGAGGAGUGGUGCGGCGGCGAGGCGGGCGCGGCGGGCGCGGGCGGCGCGGGCGGCGUGCGCGUGCGCAUCACGCGCUCGUUCGCGGGGCCCGGCUUCGGGAAGGCGCCGCGACGGGUCAAGGGCGCCUCGGUCGCAGAUGUGCUAGCGGAUAGUUUCGGUCUGGCGAAGAGUAGCAACUUUAGCAAGCCGAAAAUUAUACCGCAAGGUCUCACAAACAUUAUGAAAGAUGUGGUGGAUCAGCUGAAUGCCGAAUCUGAGGACUCGGAGUCCGAAGAGAAGUUAGAACAAUACAUCUUUGUACCAUUCAAAAAGGAGAGCAAAUCAAAAACCUUGAUUGACAAUAGUAACAGCGUGGUGUCGAGUUGCACAGACGCACGGUUGGACAGCGGCGCGGGAGGUUGCGGGGGAGGUGCGGGCGGUGCGGGGGAGGCGUUGGCUCGCCGGGCACUCCUCGCGACGGGCGGUGCGCUCGCGCACGCGCUGCGGUCGCCGCACUCGCCGCCGGCCACGCCGUCUCCGCCCGGGACCCACGAGGCGGGCUCGCCCGCCGCCGCGCCCGCCGCCCCGCCGUCGCGCGCCCACCCGCCGCUCACGCACACGCUAUAUGACGUUUUCCGGCACUUGGCGCUCGAAUUUCAUUAUCAGAUGGACUGCACAUUCAUGGAGAACGUGGUGUCACUGUGGCUGACACUGAACGGGUCGUCGUGGGGCAACGGCGCGUGGUCGCAGGCGGCGCUCGCGCUGCCCGCAGACACGCCGCGCAUACGACUCGCCUCCGACACCGUCAACGCGCUGCUACACUCGCUCUGCACGUUAGAAAACAUAUCACUUAGAUGCUGGGUAUUGUCCAUGCAGGCGUUGGCUUGGAUUGCAAGUUUACCGUUACAGACUGAAGGUAGCACCCAGACGAUGGGCCGCGUGAUACUGGAAUGCGAACACUUCGUACCGGCACUUGUCAGAUUCGUCACCAUGAACGUGAACACGGAUGGGGCGGUCGCUACGUCGGAACCUUAUCUCGGCGGCGUGAGCAUCGGCGCGGGCGCGGGCGCGGCGGCGGCGCUGCACUCCGUGGUGUCGCGCGUGGUGUGCGCGCGCGGCGCGGCGGGCGCGCUGGCGGCGCUGCGCGUGGUGUGCGGCGCGUGGCGGCGCGACGCGGACGCGCCCGCCGCGCCGCCCACGCUCGCCGCGCCCGACCUGCACGCCACGCUGCUGCGGCUCGCGCACCCGCUGCUCCAGCUGCUGCCCGCGCGGCACCACCACCACGCGCACCACGCGCUCGCGCUCUUCGACACUGUCGCACACGUGUCGUCAUGGUGGGUACGUGAAAGCUGCGGGCGCGGGGUGGAAGGCGGGGCGGAGGCGCGGCUGUCGGGGCUGCUGGCGGACGUGCUGGGCGGCGGCGGGGCGGGCGCUUGUCGUCGUGCUCCUCUACGCCGCUCCGUGCUGGCGCAGCUUCUACACUAUUGCCACCGUCUGCUGUCCGUGCCGCUCGCGCCCCAUGCGCAACAACAGCCGCGCUCCACCGCCGCGUCGACAUCGAAUAUGGCGGCGGGUGGAUCUAGCCCGGCAGCGAGUGGUAGUGAGGCGGGCAGCUCGUCGCAGACGGACGAGAGCAAGGCGCAGCACAGCGCGGCGCCCGAGGCCACCAACGUGGAGGACGAGCGCAAGCAGCAGCAGGCCCGCGCGCCCUGCGUCGCCGACACCGUAUUACAACACCCGCUUAUUAUGCAGAAAUUCUACAGGACAUUGUCGAUGUGCGAUGGAAUGAACACCUUACUGUUGAACACAGGAAUGAACACGGAAACAUCGUCGGAGCACACCUCCUUGAAAGAAGAAUUGUUUCUCUUGGUGGCUCACAUGCCGAACGUCGCCUCCAACCCAGCGCUGAUGGUCAACAGUCUGAUGGAAUUCCUUAGGAAAGAAGAGAUAGUGAACUUGUCUCAAGCAAUGCAACAGCUGCUCAUCCGGCUACUGGACAAGCCCGAGGCGCUAGCCGCCUUCAUAGACGCCGGCGGACUCGAGCUUGCCGUAGAGAAACUCACCGCCUGCCAUCAGGCGGGUCCGAGCGGCAGCCAAGGGCUGGUGUCCUCCCUGAUGAACUACUUGAAGCUGCCUCCGCAGCUCAUCAACUUGUCCACACCCGCAUCUGGUAGCAAGAAGAAUCAACCCCCGGUAAUAGAGACCGCUAGUGGCGGCCUAGUAAACAUCGCGCCCUUGUGCUCUGUGUCGUGCGGCAACCCGACGGCGCAGGCGGCGGACGUGCUGCUGGACGGCGGCGCGGGCGCGGGCGGCGGCGCGCGGCGGCGCGCGCCCGCAGGCGCUGCGCCUGGCUUCAGCGCCGACGACGCCUCGCUCGCGCUCACACUCGCGCUGCCCUACGCCGCGCUGCGCGCCGCCGCCUGGUCCUACCACUUCUUCAGCGCCGACGACGCCUCGCUCGCGCUCACACUCGCGCUGCCCUACGCCGCGCGCCUGCACGAGCUGCACCUGCAGCCGCACCUCACCUCGCUCGCCACUUGUCCUGGCGCGGUGGCUGUGGAGGCGGGCUGCGGUGGCACACUGGCGCCCUUGGGCCCACCGCAGAACACCGCUGGCAUGACCUUCAUCCGGCUCGCAGUCAUGCGGCCAGUCGUAUGCACUACCGUGCAGCUCAGGCUGUACAAGCCGCGGGAUUCCUCCAAUAUGGGCUUAUUGCAGUUGAAAUUGCUUGUGGAACCCGCUUUUAAUAAACAUGUCAGCAAUUCCGGCAAUACUAACAACUGGGCGUGGGUGGUGGCUGCAGCGGCGCGCGCUCGUCUCCCUGCUGCGCGGUGGUGGGGCGCACUGGACGCGGGCGGCGGGGGCGCGGCGAACGCGCUGUGCGCGUGCGUGGCGGCGGGCGGUGCGGCUGGUGCGCACGCGCACGCUGCGCUGUUGGCCGCCGCGCGUGCAUGCCCCGCCCGCGCUCCGCCGCUCCUCGACGCGCUGCUGCAUAUGGACGCGCAGGCGCAUGCGCAUGCGUUCCAAGCGUCGAGCGGCCUGGGCGGGUCGCGCGUGAACGGCAGCAUGAACGCGGUGUGCGAGCUGGUGCGGCAGCUGUGCCGCUGGUGCCCCGAGGGCGCGGCCGCCGCCUACGUGCGCUGGCUGGCCGCCGCCGCCGAGCGCUGGCUCAGGGACCGCAAGCCGCCCGCCGCCGCACUCACGCACACGCUCGCCGCGGUAUUAUGGAAUCUUAAAGAGGAACGGCUACUGGAGAAUCUUGAACAGCUAAUAACAGACGAUCUGUUCGAGCUUGUUUACACUUGGGUCCAAGAUGUGCCCGAAAAUAGUCUCUUGAAAGAAGCCCUCGAUGCCGUCCUCUGCUCAAUGUGCUAUAUUCGACCGGAGUUGUUCAGAAUGUUAUUGGAACAUAUGGAUAUACCAAUGGAUCAUGACGAAAGCAUGGAGGGGCUGACGGACGACACGAAGGUGCACGUGACCCCGGCGGGGGUCGGUGCGGGCGGCGCGGCAGGCGCGGGCGGCGCGGGGGGCGCGGGGGGCGGCACAGACGGCAGCGUGGCGUGGCGGCUGCGCGGCUGGCAGCUGCAGACGGUGGCCGCCGCCGCCAUGUCGCCCGCCGCCACCACCGCGCUGCUGCACUCGCGCCUGCCAGCGGCAGUCGUCGCCGCGCUCACAGAUUUCAGCGAAGCGAAGCUAGAAGUUAUCAAAGAACAAUUAGGUUCUAAGGAUAUUCAUAUGGAAGAUAGUGAUAAAGAGACUAGUCAACCUAGACCUGAGGCGAACCGGAUGCGUCGCGCGUGCCGGCUGGUGGAGUGGGCGAGGCGGCUGUGUGCGGAGCGCCGCCUCAAGGACUGGCUGGGCGACUGGCUGGGCGCGCCCGGCGCCACCUUCUGGCGCCCGCUGCUGCGGCUGCUGUGCUACCCGCGCCCGCCCCACAGCACGUGGCAGGAGGGCGCUCAGUACGCACAACUCGAAGAGAACACGAUCAGGUUAUUCGCAGAACUCACAGUGUGCCAUGCAGCCAACCAAAAGUUAUUCGCGUCCACUUUGCACAAUAUAUUGGAGUCGUUACAUUGUGUUGGUCCGGAAGGCAUCUCCGGGUUCACCCGCGCGCUGAUCCUGCGGCUGGUGCUGUCGGCGGAGCGCGUGUGGGUGGCGCUGCGGUGGGCGGCGCGCGGCGGGGCGGCGCCGGCCGUGGCGCCCGGACACCCCGCGCGGCACCACCACGCGCUGCUCGCGCUCCCGCUCCACACCACGCUGCGGGACCUGCUGCGGGACCACAGGCCGCCCAUGCCGGUAGUGGAGGAAACCGUCAUAACAUCAUCAUCAGGCGGCGGCGCGGGUUCGGUGCUUCGCAGUUCAUCGGACACGGCCAUCAUGACGGCGGCCGAGGCGUGGGAGCUCACGCUCGCCGCCGCCAGCGCCUCCAAGGACAAGCGCGUCAAGGACGUCAAGAACACUUCGCUCAAACACCACACCAAUAAGAAGCGGCAGGUCAAGCCGCCCAACGACGCCUCCGUGCUCACCGUCGCAGACGACCUGAUCGAGACGACGAUCCUGGUGCAAGUGGCGGGGCUGGAUGGGUUCGUGCCGGCGAGUUGCACGCUGGCGCAGCUGGCCGCCGCCGCGCCGCACAACACCGGCCCGCACCUCACGCUCACCCUGCACCUCAACACCGACGGAGACGUGUGGUCGGGGCCCACAUGGGACGGGGGCGGGGCGGCCCCCCUGGUAUCGAGCGGGUCGAGCGCCAUCCUGCGCGAGUUCGGCGCGUGCGGCGGGCUGGCGCUGGUGGCGGCGCGGCUGCCCCGCCCGCACGCACCGCCGCCGCCGCCGCCCGCCCUGCACCACCAUCACCAUCAUCACGACCUCGACUGGGUCAAGCUGGACGAUCCCUAUGAGGAGGUGGUGGAGCUGGGCGGCGGGGGCGGCGGCGCGGGGGGCGCGGGCGCGGAGGAGGGCGCGUGCGCGGGCGUGCCGGCGCACGCGCUGGUGGCGCUCGGUCUGCUGCUCAAGCUGCCCGGGUACGCGCACGCGCUGCUCGACGAGGGCGCGCGCGCCACGCACCUGCUGCGGCUGCUGCUGGGCGUCACGCACGACGAGGACGGACGCAGCAUCGUGGUGGGGGGCGGCGGCGGCGGCGCGGCGCAGUGGUCGCUGGGCACGCUGCCGUUCCGCGUGGUGUCGCGGCUGCUGGAGGCGGCGCCGGGGGGCGCGGCGGGCGCGGCGGGGGGCGCGGAGGGACGCGAGCUGCGCCGCGCGCUGCUGGCGCUCGGGGCCGUGCGGCUCGUGCUCGCCUGCCUCGCGGUCUUCACGCACCACCGCCCGCAAUCCGCGGAGAACAGUCAAGCCUCGAACGGCUCAUCAGUUAGCAAGUCGGAGGAGAAGAGUCAGCUGUACUGGGCUAAGGGUACCGGGUUCGGGACGGGCUCCACGCAGCAGUCGUGGAACGUGGAACAGGCGCUCGUGCGACAGCGCACGGAGGAGGAGCACGUCACCGUGCUGCUGCAGGUAUUAGCAUCGUACAUGAAUCCCGGUGAAAAGUGGCCCCCAGAGGAGAGUUCGCAGGAAGGCGAGGCUUCAACGUCGACGGCGGAGAGUAGCGGUAGCUCAGCCGCUGCUGGUACCGGAAGUACCGCGGUCGCUGACGGCGUAGAGGAGGCCGACGUCGAGGUGGAGGACAGCGAGGCACGUGACGUGCCCUCUGAGUUCAUCGAUCUCAUCGUCAGCAGCUCUCUAGUGCCCGCUAUCUGUUCAUAUCUUAGGAACGACUCGGUGCUGGACAUGUCGCGACACAUCCCGCUGUACGUGUGCGUGCUGCGGACGGCGCGCGCGCUGGCCUCGCUGCGAGCCCGCCGCCUGGCGCCCGCGCUGCGUCCCCUGCCGCGCCUGCUGCACCAGAUGUCGCGCACCACCAACUCAUACGCCACCAAGCUCAGGAUGAGUAAAAAGAAUAUAUUCGGUAAAAUGACAUAUAGCCAAAGAUUUAGUACAUCAAGUAAUUCAGAAUUAUCAGAAGAGGACGAAGGACUCGCUUCCCUGAUUGCUGACAUACAGGCGACGUGCGCGCUGAUGUGCCGCAGCGAGGGCGAGCCCGAGGGCGGCAGUGCGGCGCGCGCGGCGGGCGGCGGCCGGGAGGCGCGCUACAUCGACCUCAUGCGCACCAUGCAGUUCGAGACGUUCGAGAUGCUGGCGGAGUGCGCGGAGAGCUCGUCCGGGUUCCGGUUCACGGUGCCGUACCACUUCGAGGGCGCGGUGCGCGCGGCGGGCGAGCGCGCGCACCCGGCGCGCAUGAAGCGCCUCGCGCAGGAGGCCGCCACGCUCGCCACCAGCCUGCCGCUCUCAUACUCCUCCUCGGUGUUCGUGCGCACCGACACUGACCGGCUCGACGUCAUGAAGGUCCUAAUAACGGGUCCAUCUGACACGCCGUACGCGAACGGCUGCUUCAUCCUGGAUGUAUACUUCCCCGCGGAGUACCCCGCGGUGCCGAUGCUGAUCAACUUGGAGACCACGGGCCGUCACUCGGUGCGGUUCAACCCCAACCUCUACAACGACGGCAAGGUGUGCCUCUCGGUGCUCAACACGUGGCACGGACGGCCCGAGGAGAAGUGGAACGCGCACACCUCCAGUUUCUUACAGGUGCUAGUAUCGAUUCAGUCGCUGAUAUUGGUUCCCGAGCCCUAUUUCAACGAGCCGGGCUAUGAGCGAAGCCGGGGCACGCGCGUCGGCAACAGCGCCUCCCUCGAGUACAACUCCAACAUCUACCAGGCCUGCGUUCGCUGGGCCAUGCUCGACCAUCUGCGCAGUCCGGAGCCCUGCUUCAAGGAGGUUAUACAGACACAUUUCUGGAUUAAACGGAAUGAGAUAAUGCAAACGGUGGCAAACUGGAUUACGGAGCUGGAGGGGCAGAGCGGCGACGAGAGGACGCAACGCACUAUACAACUUAACCUCAUGGCCCUCAAGCGUCACUACGUGAAGCUGCAGGAGGAGCUGGCCAAGCUGCCGGUGCCGGCCGGCCUGGAGGAGCUGGACGAGCCGUUCCAGCUGCCCGCCGCACCCGCCGCCGCCUCGCCGCCUCCGCCGCCGCCCGCGCCCAUCGUGCCGCCCACCAACGACGAGAUCGACCACGACAUGGAGAAGAUUGUCUCGCAGGUGAUCGAUUGAUUGCUGGCCGACGACGACUGAGUCGCUUCAGUAUGUCCCGCGUGACCCGCGUGUUGGCGCGUCUCGUGUCCCGUGGGUCCGCGCGUCUCGUGCGUCUCGUGCGUCCCGUGUGUCCCGCGUGUCUCGUGCGUCUCGUGCGUCUCGUGCGUUCCGGGCGUCUCGUGCGUCCCGCGCGCGCCGCGUACUUCCCGAGCGCGCGCACCCACUUAUUUUGUACGAUUAUCGUGUAACCUUUGUACAAGUAGCUCAAGUGUGUAUACAUGUCAGUUCUCAAUGAAAGUACAAGGAAACUGCGACUCCCAGGCGCUCAUCGUAGGGCCGCCGCGACCGGAUGGACUAUGUCCCACUAGUGGGUUCACUGUUCGUACAUGUUUUAUUUGUUAGA